CUCGAAUAGUGGAACAAUUAAUUACAAACAUCAAGAUGAUGAAGAAAACGAUUCUCCUAUUCAUAGCCUUGGCGCUUUUCAUUAGUGUUACCGGAGCGCCGGCCAAAAGAAAUAUAAACUCUGAGAUGUUACAAAAACGCAUCGACUAUGAGAUAGACCAGCUGACAAUGGACUUGAAGAGAGCAAUGGUGCUGAGAGAGGUUGAAGGAGGCGACAAUGGUCAAGAGGAAGGGGACACUGAAAAUGAACAAGGGGCCGAUGACGAAGGGGAAGAGGAAGAAGGAGAAAAUGAGGAAAAUGAGGAAGAACAGGGAGAGGAGGAAGAAGGAGAAAAUGAGGAAAAUGAGGAAGAACAGGGAGAGAAGGAAGAAGAGGAAGAAGAGGAAGAAGGAGAAAAUGAGGAAAAUGAGGAAGAACAGGGAGAGGAGGAAGAGGAGGAAAAUGAGGAAAAUGAGGAAAAUGAGGAAGAACAGGGAGAGGAGGACGAAGAGGAAGAGGAGGAGGAAGAGGAGGAAGAACAGGGAGAGGAGGAGGAAGAAGAAGAAGAAGAAGAAGAAGAAGAAGAAGAAGAAGAAGAAGAAGAAGAAGAAGAAGAAGAAGAAGAAGAAGAAGAAGAAGAAGAAGAAGAAGAAGAAGAAGAAGAAGAAGAAGAAGAAGAAGAAGAAGAAGAAGAAGAAGAAGAAGAAGAAGAAGAAGAAGAAGAAGAAGAAGAAGAAGAAGAAGAAGAAGAAGAAGAAGAAGAAGAAGAAGAAGAAGAAGAAGAAGAAGAAGAAGAAGAAGAAGAAGAAGAAGAAGAAGAAGAAGAAGAAGAAGAAGAAGAAGAAGAAGAAGAAGAAGAAGAAGAAGAAGAGGAAGAAGAAGAAGAAUGUUUACAAGAAGUUGAAGUAUAUUAA